UUAUUUUAGUUUCUGAUUGUUCAUCAUCUAUUUUUUUUUCAAAUCAACAACUGAUUGAAGUUAUUAAAAAAAAUGGUAUUAGUUUAAAAAACAUAACAAACAAUAACUCAAGGGCAGUAAUUUUUGAUUUUUUAAAGCAAAAAUAUAAUGGAGCAAAUUGGAGUACUCAUUUUAUUAAAAAAGUUGAAAAAAGUAUAUUAGUAUUUUGUUUGGCUGCUUCUAGAAGAUGGACUAAGGUUAGUCGUCAUCAUGAAAGGUUUUUGAAAAAUUAUUCAGAAUGGCUUACUACACCAUUUAAAAUGCCUUCCAUUAAAAAAAAAUCUACUAAAACAAUACAGGGCCGACCUUUGGUUGAUUUAACUGAAUGUUCAGAACGAACAAUGCGGCGAAAAAUUAACUCUGCGUUAACUAUGACAUCAAUGACGUCACCUGAAAUUUUAUGUGCAGCAAAAAAAAAGUUAUUUGUGUCUGGAAAAAGAAAUGAGACUGCUUUAUUUAAUAAACUGUUGUUGUCUCCUAAUAGUGUCCCACAAAUGAAAAUGGCAAUUAAAGAUUCUUGUAACAAAGAACCUAUAUCUUAUACUGCUGAUGAAGCUUUAGCAUUUAUUGUAGACAAUCAACUUACAAAACAACAGUAUAUGAAUAUAAGAUUAGGAGCUAAAAAGAGGAAUUGCGAUAUUUAUCCAUCUUAUGAAAAAAUUUUUAGUGCUAAACAAAAAUGUUAUCCUGAUAAUGUUAAAAUUAGUGAAUCUGGUUGCAUAAUACCCUUGCAGAAUCUUUUAGAUCACACAACUAAAAGAAUUUUUCAAAUACCAGCUAUCAACGAGGUAAAAAUUGGCAAAAAGUUAUUAGAAAUGUUCUAUAAAUGGGGCUGCGACGGAAGUAGUGGUCAGGCCCAAUAUAAACAAAAAUUUAAUGACAACCCUUGUACAACUGACCAAACAAUGUUCAUGUUCUCUCUUGUGCCACUUGAACUUAGAUGCUGUAGUGAUGAUAGCAAUGAUAGUAGUGACGUAAUUUGGAAAAAUUCUAUGCCUUCCUCUACUAGAUUUUGUAGACCUAUUAAAUACAAAUUUAUGAAAGAAACAAUUGAAAGUACCAAAGAGGAGGUAAAAGAAAUUGAAAAACAAAUAAGCAAAUUAAAUACUACAUAUGUAUUAUUCAAUGACGAAUACUUUGAAGUAAAACAUACGCUUAUUUUUUCUAUGGUUGAUGGAAAGGUAUGUAAUUCUUUGACUGGAAUAUCUAGCCAAAAAUGUUUUAUUUGUGGAUGUAAACCAACCGAAAUGAAUGACAUUGAGGCAGUUAAAUAUCGACCAUGCAUAACAGAAAAUUAUAAGUAUGGAUUGUCAACGUUGCAUGCGUGGAUACGUUUUUUUGAGUAUUUUAUUCAUCUUUCGUAUAGAUUAGAAAUUAAAACUUGGCAGGUUAAGGCUGUAAACAAAGGUUUGUAUAGUGUUCGUAAACAACAUAUUCAAAAUAAAUUUAGGUCUGAAAUGGGACUUUUAGUAGAUAUUGUGUUACAAGGACAUGGAACUACGAACGAUGGCAAUACUGCAAGGAAAUUUUUUAAAAACGCUGAAUUGUCAUCCUCCUGUACUGGAAUUGAUAUUAAUUUAAUUAAACGGUGUGGAACAAUUUUAUCGGUAAUAGCGAGCGGAUAUACAAUAAACAUAAAGGCCUUUGAAGAAUAUUGCUUUUUAACAGCUAAAUUGUUUGUAUCAUUGUAUCCAUGGUACUAUAUGCCGGCGUCAGUGCAUAAAAUUUUGUUACACGGUGCUCAUAUUAUUCAAUAUGCGCCACUUCCUAUAGGCAACUUAUCUGAGGAGGCACAAGAGAGUCGCAAUAAAGAUUAUAAAAUGUACCGAGAACAUCACACCAGAAAAAAUUCGCGCUUAAAUACUAAUGAGGAUUUAAUUCACAUACUUCUUAUCUCAUCGGAUCCUUACAUUUCUUGUAUCGAUAGAAAUAAGCAAAUGCAUUUAAAAGAGUUAUCAGAAGAUGGUAAGAUGUUAGUAAUAUUCCCUCAUAAUGAUAACAACUAUAAAGAAGAUGAAUUAAAUAGUCAAUUAAAUGAUUCAUUUUCAGACAUGAAUUUAUCAAUGGCAUAAUUAUUUUUUAUAUGUAUAAAACUAAAAUAUUCAUAUUUAUAUAUCAAUGUAAUCGUAUAACAAUUAAUAAUAAAUAAUGACUAAUUUUA